GGCCCAGCCUGAUAUCAGUUUAGGUAAAGGUGUAAUCAAACCAGGAUGAGCGUUAACUGAAACAGUUGUGGUUUUCCAGUGACACACCGCAAUCUUAAAAAUACAUGGAGGGAAGAUAGUUUGUGAUUAAAUUAGACAAUUAUUUUGUUAUAACUUCCAAGGCAGUGUGUAGUCGGCCUGAAAAGAUAACUGUUUAUAUAUACAUACACUUCAUUAAAUACAGUCCAUGGGAGUGGGGAGAGUUUCGUUCACUAUAUGUGUUAGAUAAUUUAUUUUCCUUGCCGAUGGGGUAAUAAGAAAAUAAGGAGUUAUACUGAAUACUUUGCUGCGCGGAGUGAUCUUAUUUUAUUCCUGACAGACUGGAGAAAACGUUAUAGGGUUUAUAAAUAAUCUGCCUUCAAAAUCAAGACGAUGCAUUCCUACGGAUCAAGUUCGUCUGAUAGUGACAUCAGUUCCAAUUCUGGGAGUAUGUGUUUUGAAACUGAUGGUAGUUUCCAGAGGAAGCGAAGAAGAAGAAUACGUCAGGAUUCCAUCACUUCCGUAUCCACCAACCCAGAAGAAGAGGCCUAUGUUAUGGUGCUUCAAAAUCGCCAAGGCCUAUAUGAUGACAUCAGAAGUAUGACGACCCUUAAGGAUAUUAAUGACGUCACGUUUUUAGCGGGCGAGGAACAAAAACCCGUGGAUGGAGUUCGAACGCUGAUAUCGACAAGAAACAGAUUACUUGGCCAACUCAUUUCUUCGUUUGAGAAAAACAAAAAGGUUGCUGUUUGUGCUAAAAGGUCUAAACUAAGGAAAACAAUAAACAAACUAAAUAAACUAAGCUGUGUUCAUACCAGUAGACGUGAAAAUGACAAACAAUCUGACCUAAAAAAGAAGCUGCUGAUUAUUCCAAUGAAGGCUUUCGAUCACGAAUCUUUUCAAAGAUUCAUUAAUUACAUUCACUGUGGGACUUUAACCAUAGACUCCGGAACAGUAAUUGGUCUGUUAAAUGCAGCUUAUAUGUUUGACGUUCCGGAAGUCCGACAGGCAUGCUGGGAUUUUGCCCUUGGUUGUGUGGUACGAACAGACAACCUUAACGAUCUUUUCACGUCCGCUCGGAAAUAUACAGAUCACAAAAUGACAAACGAACUCAUGAAAACGAUGAAAAAGUACUCCGUAGAGCAUCCGCAUAUUCUUGAGCAUUCUCGGUCUCUGUCAGAAUUGGCAAAAGCGGUUUUCAAAGAACUGGAGCCGGAAGUUACCCUAAGUGUUACGUAAUUGGAUGGAUGUCUUUGGUGUUUUUUUUGCAAAUAUACGAAAUCUUUACUCGGCAAUGAACUCAGUUGUUGUUUCCGUAAUCAUAUGACGUCAUCUUACUGAAUACGCACAUGAUUUUACAAGUCAACGGAACAAUAAACAACAGCACGAGUACAGUUUAUGCAUUACAAUUUUUCAGCAAAGUUGGUUUCGUAUAAUCUUUCCGAGUGAUGAGAAGACCUAUACAUUGAAGAAAACUUUUUGAAGUUACUUGCAGCCUGUCACCGGAAAAAUCAUUGACAUUCUUUUAACGAUUGAAUGCUUUCUUUGAAUGCAUGAUUUAGUCGGAAGAAAAUAUGAUUUGAUUUGGAAGAAGUAGCUUCUUUUUCGUAUUUUUAUUUCGUUUUAAGAAGAUACGGACGGAAUGAAAAGAAUCAAAGUACUGUGAUUAAUGUUAUAUAUGUGAUUUACAUGAAACAGUAAGUGCCUGUGUGAUCUAGUGAACGUUUAUGUUUUUGUUUUAGCUUUGAAAAGGCACCAGGUUGUUUAAAAUACUGAAUUUUAUUAUUGUUUUUGUAUUCAGAAUUUUACAAAUUGUGACUUGUAAAGAUAGUUUUAUGUAGAUAAGAAACAUAAAUGUGUUUUGGAAAUGCAUAUGUACAUUCGGAGACGGAUUAACAGCAUAUGCAUGCUUUUAAACUCAUUAUAAAUGUGAUAUAAACUUGACCAUUAGUGUGUUAUUUUAUACAUGGGCAUGUCAUCAGAGACAGUAUUGAUAGAACGAAAGCCUUUUUAAACUUUAUUCUUAACAGAAUCUCCUUCAUCAUAACAUAUUAUAUAACUAUUAUGUUGUAUUUUUAUUGUAUAGGCUGUUGUUUCUAUACAGUCUCUUGUACAUAAUGCACACAUUUGUUUUAUUUUUAUACAUGAGAUGAUACUAAAUUAAAUUUAGACACAGGGAUUUAAAAAGUGUGUUUGUGUUUAGGU